AACAAUCUUAGAGGUGAAGAGAUUACGACACCAUCCUUUUUAUUUAUUGAGUACAAGAGUUUUACAAAAUAUAUUACCAAAAUUUAAAUCCUUGCGCGUGUUGUCAUUGUGUGAAUACUACAUAACAGAUGUGCCUGAUUCAAUACACAAUUUAAAACAGUUGCGUUACUUGGAUCUCUCUACAACAAUGAUUGAAAGAUUACCUGAAUCAAUAUGUUGUUUGUGCAAUUUACAAACAAUGAUGUUGAGUAAAUGUAGGUGUCUUCUUGAAUUGCCUUCAAAAAUGAGGAAGUUGAUUAAUUUGCGCUAUCUUGAUAUUAGUGGGUCUAAUUCAUUGAAAGAAAUGCCAAAUGAUAUAGAUCAAUUAAAAAGUUUGCAGAAAUUGCCUAAUUUUACUGUGGUCGGAGAAAGUGGAUUCAGAUUUGGAGAAUUGUGGAAGCUUUCAGAUAUUAGAGGAAAACUUGAAAUUUCAAAAAUGGAGAAUGUGGUGGGUGUUGAGGAUGCAUUGCAGGCGCAUAUGAAGGAUAAGAAAUACCUUGAUGAGUUAUCCUUGAAUUGGAGUCACUACCGGAUUGGGGAUUAUGUUAGACAAAGUGGGGCAACAGAUGAUAUUCUUAAUAGGCUAACACCUCAUCCAAAUUUAAAAAAGUUGUCCAUUGGAGGGUAUCCUGGUCUAACAUUUCCAGAUUGGCUUGGAGAUGGAUCAUUUUCAAAUCUCGUGUCCCUUCAGCUUUCAAAUUGUGGGAAUUGCUCAACAUUGCCGCCAUUGGGGCAGCUACCUUGUCUUGAACAUAUAAAGAUCUCAGAAAUGAGUGGAGUAGUGAGGGUGGGUAGUGAGUUUUAUGGGAAUUCUUCUUCCUUGCUGCAUUCCUCAUUCCCAUCCCUGCACACUCUAUCAUUUGAAGAUAUGUCCAAUUGGGAGAAAUGGUUAUGUUGUGGAGGCAGACAUGGAGAAUUCCCUCGUCUCCAGGAGCUUUCUAUAAGUGACUGUCCAAAACUCACUGGGGAAUUACCAAUGCACCUUCCUUCAUUGAAGGAACUUAACCUUCGAAAUUGCCCACAGCUGCUUGUGCCUACACUCAACGUUCCUGCUGCCCGUGCAUUGCAGUUGAAAAGGCAAACUUGUGGCUUCUUCAUAGCUAGUCAAACUUCAGAAAUUGAAAUUUCAGACGUCUCUCAGUUGAAGCAACUUCCUGUGGUACCCCACAGUCUCUACAUUAGAAAAUGUGAUUCUGUGGAGUCUCUACUAGAGGAGGAAAUCCUGCAAACCAACAUGUACAGAUUGAAAAUUUGUGACUCUUCUUUUUCCAGGUCCCCGAGCAAAGUUGGUUUACCCACUACAUUGAGAUCACUAUCGAUCUCCGACUUUUCCAGAGUGGACCUUCUUCUACCUGAGUUGUUCAGAUGCCAUCACCCGGUCCUCGAAAAUCUAUCAAUCAAUGGCGGUACAUGUGAUUCUCUCUCGUUGUCCUUCUCAAUAUUGGACAUCUUCCCCAGGUUGACUUAUUUCGAAAUAUAUGGUCUUAAGGGGCUUGAGGAGCUCUGCAUCUCGAUUUCAGAGGGGGAUCCCACAUCUCUUAGUAAUUUGAAGAUCUAUGGGUGCCCUAAUCUUGUAUACAUCCAACUGCCCGCUCUCGAUUUGAUGUGCCAUGAGAUUUGCAAUUGCUCCAAUCUCAAAUUGCUGGCGCACACCCAUUCAUCUCUGCAGAAACUGAGUUUAGAGGAUUGUCCAGAAUUGUUGUUGCACAGAGAGGGUUUGCCUUCCAACCUAAGGGAACUUGAAAUAUGGACCUGCAACCAACUCACGCCACAGCUGGACUGGGAUUUGCAAAGACUGACCUCUCUUACUCAUUUCAGAAUCUAUGGUGGAUGUGAAGACGUGGAAUUAUUUCCCAAGGAGUGUCUGCUGCCUUCUUCUCUAACUCAUCUUUCAAUCGGGAAUCUUCCAAAUCUCAAGUCUCUUGACAGCAGGGGGCUUCAACAACUCACCUCUCUUCUACAAUUACACAUCGGGAACUGCCCUGAGCUCCAAUUCUCAACAGGAUCUGUUCUUCAACGCCUUAUCUCUCUCAAGGAAUUACGAAUCUGGUCGUGCCGAAGGCUCCAAUCCUUGACAGAAGCGGGUCUUCACCACCUCACGACUCUUGAAACCUUAAGAAUCAGCGGCUGCCCUAAGGUCCAGUACUUGACAAAAGAGAGACUGCCAGACUCCCUCUCUUAUCUGUUUGUCUACGAUUGUCCUUCACUGGAACAACGGUGCCAAUUUGAGAAAGGGCAAGAAUGGCGUUAUAUAUCUCACAUUCCAAAAAUAUUGAUCAAUCGUGUGCUAUUUUAAUGGAAGUGGCACUGCACCAACACAUGGGCAGGAAAUUUCUGAUGACAUUCGCAGCAUAAACACUAGUAGCCAUGGUAGUGAGAUUUGUGGAUUUAACAACCAUUGUAUUGCUUGAUGAAGAUGGGAGGUGGUCUAGAUUGUUGCAUGUAUGGGUAUUCUUUCUUGGAUACAGAUUCUAAAGACAAUUUUUUUUCAAUUGCCCUGUUUCCAAGUAGAUGAAGGGGGAGCAGAGAAGAAUGUGGUACAUGGGCUAUUGAUAAGCAAAAUCGAGUUCCAGAGGGAACAUAAUCCCAUGAUCUUGUAUAUAUGCAAUUGCCCUCUCUCAACUCCAAAAAUAGUGAUCAAUGGUCAGUUAUUUUAAUGAAAGUGGUACUGCAUCAAUAUACAGUGAGUAACAAGGAUCAGCAUAGAAGACUUACUAUGAGAACAAUGUUUGAUAUGACCAUAGAAAAAAAUAUGAGCCAGCACUGAUUGAGGGCCCCUGUAGAAAAAAGUCAGUCUAUUUUGCACUAACCCAGUGGACCACCUUCAAAAGGCAAUUACUGAUGACAAUUGCAGCGCAGCUGCAAGUGGCCAUGGCGGCGGGAUUUGUGGAUUCAACAGCUAUUGUAUUGUUUGAUGAGGAGAGGGGCUGUUCAGAUAUGAGUGCCUGUGUAAGCAUUCUUUCUUGGCUCCAGAUUUUAAAGACCAAAUUUCCCAAUGCCCAGUUGCCAAGCAGAUGAAGGGGAAGCAAAGAAGAAUGCAGUAGAGUUCAUAGAAUUAAACAACACAGACUGGCAAAUCUCCAAUUAUGAACUUCGGAUUGGAUGCACUGUUGAAAAGGAGAAAUUUUAAAGAGUCGCGUAAAGAGGAUUGCUUCUGUGCAGUAGCCAUUUAUACAAACAAUGUGUUGGCAGAAGAGAUUCCUUUUCUCCUAUGGAAGACAGAGCAAAAGGCUUGCAGACAGGCCCAGAUAAGUCUACCUUGAUUCUUGUUGGGUCACUACUCCUUGGCAGCUUAGUGUUCUUCCAUCUUUUUGUGUGGUUAGCUAUAGUUGGGCUUCUGUCUUCUGAUACUUUAAGAAACUGAUCAGUCUCCAGUUUGUUUCAAGCAUACUGGGGACUAAGGAGUAACAUUUGCAAGCACUUAUUCCCUAGGCAAUCGAUGCUACUUCUCUAAAUAAAUUUCUAAUUUUUCUUUUUUAA